CAGCGCCGAAUACGGCAGAAUGAGCCGCGUUUCACGGGUCAGCUGUUCACUGACGUGCUGUCGUGAGCUCCCGAGGAAGUUUUGAUUUUAUUAGGAUUUUAUAAGGAUAUGACCCUGAACAACAUGGCAGACCCAAGACGAUCGAAUAAGAUUUUUCGCUACAAGCCCCCCAACACAGAAACUAACCCCACGCUGGAAGAUCCUACACCGGACUACAUGAACCUGCUCGGCAUGAUCUUCAGUAUGUGUGGCCUGAUGCUCAAGCUUAAGUGGUGCGCGUGGAUUGCCGUGUACUGCUCCUUCAUCAGCUUUGCCAAUUCACGAAGCUCGGAGGACACCAAGCAAAUGAUGAGCAGCUUCAUGCUGUCCAUAUCGGCGGUCGUGAUGUCUUAUUUGCAGAACCCACAGCCCAUGUCGCCGCCGUGGUAACAAAUAAUCCAAACCCAGUAAGCCGUCUCAGCAGGGAUGGCAUGAGAACCAGCUGAUCCACCCACAGUCCUUCUGGAGCGCAGGGAUGUACACUCAUCAGCCCAGCUGGCCAAUCAGAGGCUGACAAAUUGACCGAUGCAGCUCCUGUACGAUCGUUUCGACUUUUCUCUGUGCUCACCGGGGUUGUUUUUUAUGUAUGUUAUCACGCUAUGCUAAAAUAUUCGUAUGCUGUGAAUUUUUUGGAGAAAUAAAUGAGCGAUUUUGUGCACCGCUUCAAACA